AUGAGGGAGAAUGCACAGUACUUGACGUGUGACAAAUACGGACAUGGCCGACAAACGAAUAUCGAUGUGGAAGAUCCUAGAAACACUGGAACAAGAAAAUGUGGUUGUCCGUUCAAAUUGAUUGGCAAAAAGUCAAGAUUUGAUGAAUUAUGGCGGUUGACUGUCAGCGAUGGCAGGCAUACUCAUCGUCCGGCUGUGUUUCCUCACGGACAAGGUACGACUAGUCGUAUAACUCCACAACAGAAAGCAAGAAUUAAAGAAUUGCGAAAUUCUCACGUGAAGCCAAUGCUAAUCAUGGAUAGAUUAAAGAAAGAUGAUCCGACGAUACAAACCUCUAUGAAGCAUGUUUACAAUGAGUUGGCCAAGAUUAAAUCUGAGGAAAUGGAGGGCAUGACUGUUAUUCAGUUUAUGAUGCAUAAUUUUCAACAAGGCGAAUAUCGAUAUUGGCAUCACGUCGAUAGUGAAACGAGCAACACGAUUACAGAUAUUAUGUUUGCAUGUCCCGAAUCUAUUAAGUUACUACGGCUGUUCCCGUAUGUUAUAUUGAUGGACUGCACAUACAAAACCAAUAAGUAUGCUAUGCCUCUUUUGGAAAUAAUUGGGAUAACUCCAGUUGGGAGGAAUUUUACAAUUGUUGUUGCAUUUAUAUCGCAUGAAGAUGUAGACACCUACGAGUGGACUUUGAAUUGUUUGAAAGAGUUGCUAGAUGGUGUCGAACCUGAUGCAAUCUUGACAGACAGGGAGUUGGGUCUUUUAAAAGCACUGUCAAAUGUCUUCCCAUUUUCGUAUCAUAUGUUGUGUAUAUUCCAUAUAAACAGAAAUGUUGAGACAAAUGCGACGAAAUUUAUGGGAGGCAACAAAGACCAAGGUCUAAUAUUCCGACGUGUGCUGUGGGCUAAGCUGGUGAAAUCAGAAACCGAAGAAGAGUAUAAUUACAAUUACAAUGAAAUUGUUGGACGGUAUGCAGGGUAUCCUAGACUGAUACAGUAUUUGAAUGAUACGUGGUUGAUAUACAAGGAGAAGUUUGUUCGAGCAUAUACUCGCAAUGUGUAUCAUUUUGGCAACACGAGCACCAACAGGGUGGAGAGUGCUCAUUCUUCAGCGAAGGGUUGGUUAAAUGCUUCGACCGGAGGUCUGGAUAACGUGCAAGGCAAAAUUUGGGACCAAGUUUAUAUCCAAAUUAGUCAGCUGAAGUGCGAUUUUUCAUUAUCAUCCAAGAUAAGGAAGCAUACUGCAGCAUGGCCGUGUUUUCAGGGUUUGAUUUGUUAUGUUACGCAUCUGGCAUUAGAGAAAUUGGAUCAAGAGAUGGAGUCCCCGGCGAUGCAAGAUCCGAGUAUUUGCACACACUAUCUUUGGAAUACUCAUGGGCUCCCAUGCGCGUGCAAAAUUGUGCAGAAAAUGGAAGAUAAUGACACGUUCGUCAUUUCAGACUUGCAUCCAUUCUGGAGUACCAUGGCAGUUGAGCCUUCGGAGCUACUUGAGUAUCAAGUAAACCGCGAGGAGAUUGUGGAUCGACAGAUUGAUGACCUGAAUUGCAAUUUGAAGAAGAUGAAUUACACGAGACGGCCAAAGAAUAACUCGACAAAGAGAGACCCUUCCGGAUGGCAGUAUCAUAUUGAUGAGGAGACAAUUAAGUCGUCUUGUGGUUCCAAGGGUCGCCAAACCUCAUCUGGUGCAAAGAUUCCUAAAGCAAAGGUUGAGAGAAACACUGAUGGAACGCCUCAAUCGAAGAUGAAAGGUCGUGGUUCUCGUAUUCCCACAGAAGAAUCUGCUGCCCCUACAAUACCUGCACAUGAAGGAAUCGACUUUUAUUCUUUCGUGCCCAGAUUUAUGGUCCGUCUUAUUCAAGAUUAUGUUAACGUGAUGGCGGAUGGCAACUGUGGGUACCGGUGUGUUGCUCAAGCCGUGUACGGGGAUCAAGAAAGAUGGCCGCAAGUGAGAGGGGAGUUUCUUAUUGAGUUAUACGAGCAUGCUAAUGUGUACACAACGAUGUUUGGCAGUACCGGAUACGUUGAGGUCAUACGCAAGUGUGACUGGACCUCAGGGCCUUGUCCACAAGCUUAUUGGAUGGACAUGAAUGAAAUGGGAUUGGCCAUUGCUACCAGAUGCAGUGCAUUAGUGGUCAAUUUGAAUGUCUGA